CCUGCGCAUCCACCCACCCUCGACGCAGCCUUGUGCACUGCCUGCGAAGUGCUCUCACUCGACAUACCCACGAAGACUUCACACUCAUCGCUCUGCACGCCAUGUCCACCUCCGACGUCACAACGGCAGCCAGCACGAGCGGCGCGGCACCGUUCAGCCUCGAGGCGCACUUUCCCAUGGAGCUGCUGUUGCUCAUCAUCGGCAUGCUCGAGCCACUGGCAUAUCUCAAGCUCUCGCAGACGAGUCGCAGCAUGCGCCAGCUGCUGAAGCAGCCCGAGCAUCUGCAUCGCCUCGUGCGCCGCCCCAGCAGCCGCACGCGCAGGUGGGAAGGCCGCUUCUCCGACCCGGUGUGGGAGCAACUAGUGCUGAGGGCGUACGUUGGCCCACAGGCGCGCUGGGACAAGAAAGAAGGGAGGGCGGCCCAGGAUCCCCUCCGCAUACGCAUGAGUAACCUAACGCUCAUCGCUGCAGCAAGCAUCGGCAGCAGUGGCCGCUACGUCGCCUUGCUGACGCCAGAGCACGAGGUCCGCAUGUGGGAUCUGUUCAUGCGCCGCGAGGUGCAUAUCCCCCAGCUGCAUGGUGACAUGUGGCAUACUCGUCCCGAAAACACUGACUCAGGUCGGUUCGAGUCUGGCCACGGACAUGAUGGUUGCCGAGACCUCGAGAUCGAGCUGUACGACGACGACGAUCUGCUGAUCGUCAAGGACUCAAGCUGCUGGGGAGUAUGGGAUCUCAAAUAUGCCGACCGUCCGAUGAUCUCCGAGAGUCGCGCCGAGAUGGACCGCAACGAGCUGUCGAACAAUCUCACUCGCGCGCUCCUAUACGACCAUCGAGGCACCCUACACGCGCCCAGAAUUCGCGACCGCGACACCAGGCCGGUGUGGAGGGGGGUGAAGGCCUGGGCCGCCGCCCGAUGCUCCUCCGCCCUCCUCCUCUACGGCCAAAACGUGCAAGACCCGGAGAUGAGCGACUCUUGGGACGGGCUUCAGCUCUGGGAUAUAGAAACGCAACAGCUAGUACAAAGCAAGCCUCUGGCUCAUCUGCAGCUGCCCCCCGGCACGGAGGGCGAUCUCUUGCCGUCGGUCCUGUACCUCUCGGACGACGGCACUCGCGCGGUGUACCUUGACAACGGCGUGCGGCCGCCCCCGCGUCGGAUCUGGAACCAGCCGGCGCCAGAGCCCGUCGAGCCAAUAACGAGACUGAGGUCGUGGAGCCUCAGCGAUCCCGAGUGGCCCGUCACCAUCUUCGACGACGAGCUCACCGACGAGGAAGGUCUCGACUCGCUCUCUCCGGACGGCCACUUCAGGAUCGCAAUCAGCCGCCACGGCACCAUCCGCGUGUUCGACCUCUGCGGACAGAAGCCCAUGUUUGCUGUUCGGGCAGGGGCCUACGUGAUGCCACUGCUCGACUUUGGGCCCUGGAAGCGCACCGUGCCGUGGCACCGAGUCGGGCAGCCACUGAUUGCACUCCUGAGCCAACGGCUGAUCUCCGAAGAUCCGCGUCGGUACCUGCAUGCGCUGGAGCAGACGCCCUGGGGGGCCUUUGUCUCGGCUGACGGUCCUGAGAUCCAGGCGCUCCUGGACGCCGGCAUCGAGGUGCUCGGCAGCGACCACGAUCCUGCCCUGCGCGACGAAAAGACGACGAGAAAGUGGAAUUGGAGACUGGCUGCCGUCGAUGCGCACGAUGACUGGAUGCUCACGAGCGACCGCUGCGGCCCCAUCCUCUGCCGCACCGACGGCGACGGCGAAGUCACCGAGGACGAGUGGUGUCGCAUUCCCGGCUGCUUCACGUGCGACGUUGAGGCUAUGAAGCUGCAUGGGCUUCCAACACUUCACUCGCCUUGUUUCGCUGUCUACUCCCCCUCGCUGCACCGCCUCUUCGUCGCCGCCACCAUCGACGCUGCUCCGAUGCCACAACGCUCUGCGCGAUCCGCACGCCCGCGCGCGAAGUCGCUUCCACCCUCCGGCGUGAUGUUUUCGCCUGAGGUCGAGCAGGAAGCAGACAGCAGCCCGAGGUUGACGUUCCAGCAGCCGAUGCCGCUGCCCGUCGAACUGCUGCUCGAGGUGGCGCAUUACGUGCAGACGUACCUGAAUCUCUCGCAGAUGAACCGCUGCCUGCGCAGGGCCCUCCAGAAGACGAAGCGACUGCAACACGUCGUCCUCUAUCGUGAGGACAGCGACCCCAACUGGGCAGGCCGCUUCUCGCGCCCGCUCUGGGAGCAGUUAGUCUUGCAGACCAACUUUGCGGCGCAUGUGCGCGACAAGCCGUGGCAUGGCUUCCUGCGCAACGUGCGCUACGGGAUAGUAGCCCUCAGCGUGGGCCCCAGCGGCCGCUUCGUGGCGUAUCUGACGUCGGACAGGGAGGUACGCUUCUGGGAUAUCUUCAUGCGCACGGAAUUUCAUGUCCCAAUCGACGGCAAUGUUGUGCUCAACGAGAACGGCCGGCCAGACGAGAUAGAACACCUCAACUGCAAGAACGCGCGCAUCGAACUGAUCGACGGGUACCCUCUGCUGCUCGUCGAGUACUCGUGCUGCUGGGUGCUGUGGAAUCUCAACGGUGACUGUAAGAUCCCAAUCUUCGCCAAAAUCAAGCGCCACGGCUUCAUGGUGCUGGCCGCGAACAGCCGCUACAUCCUGGACUUUAACAUCCCCUCUUACACGCUGACUGCGUACGAUUUGGCCGACUUCACGAAGGAGCACCGCGGCCCGGGCUACUACUCCACGCGCUGGUACGGCGUGCAAGCCUCUGCCUCAGCGCGCAAGUCGACGCGCUUGCUCAUGUACGGACACCGUAUCAAGAUGCGGAGCAGGGCGGUCAACACUGAAUUGCACUGCACCGAUGUACGUGUCAACGUGUUGCUGCUGUGCGAUAUCGACGAGAGCCUGCGGGGCGGGCCCGAGCUGCUGCGGUGCGAGCCUCGACUACUUCUGGAUCCCUUAGCUUGGCUCGGCGUGGAUGUGCGGAACCAUCAGCUCUCCCCGAUCAGCUUGCGCCUCUCCGACGAUGGGAUGCGGGCCGUCCAUGCCGUCGUCAGCCGCGCAGCUCAAGGUCCAGGAACGACACAGGCCAGCACGUUCAGCAAAAUCGAGUCGUGGAGCCUUGCGAGUGACGACUGGAGCCCCAGGGUGUACCACGACAUCGACAUCGACCUGGAAACGCCCGGUCGGCUGUCGCCCGACGGCCGCUACUGGAUUGCGCUGACGCUCUGCGGCACCGCGAUGCUCUACGACCUCAGCCGAGCGCAGCACGUCUAUGCCCUGCGCUCCGGCACGUACUCGUAUCCGGUGCUGGAGCGCCUCAGCUGGGAGCAGCGGCCGAGAUGGAGCCCCGAGACAUUCGACCCGCUCGUCGCGCUGCUGCUCGGGCUGCUGCACAAGGGCGUCCUGCAAGAGAUGCCGCGCCUCAAGGAGCUGCCGGCCGACACUGCCCUCGACACGCCGCAGGGCCGCGAGCUGAAGCGGCUCCUCGACGUCGGCGCCUUUGUCAUUGCCUUUGAGGACGCUCGCUCGCCGGCGACAUCCACCGGCGCGGACAAGAGCUACGAGCUGUCGCUGCGCGGCUGGGACAAGAACGUGGCAGUCGUGUGUCGAGAGGCCGGCUGGAUGGCCACGGUCACCUCCUGCGGGCCCGUCUUUUGCCAUCCGCUUGCUUCACGAGAGCGCGCUGUCUGCGGUCGGCUGGAGUGCUUCAAGUGCGACAGGCUGGCAGGGGAGCGACGAUGGAAGAUGGAGGGACCCUACAGUAGGGAGACGACUCCAGCAGCGUCGGACUCGCCGCCGCCGUGGCCGCCGUCGAGUCCCAUCUAUAGGGGGUAG